UGUAUGCCGACAAGUGGAUUUUCCCUUUAGCCCUGUGCUUCAUGAGUGCAUCUUCAAAUGAUGAGCAGCACUUUGAGGAAUCGUGUGGGCAGUAUUCAGAUCUGUGUGAGAUGCACACAGUGGGCACCCCAUUUGGCUCGUCUGUGCUCCUUCCAUGCAACUUUACAACCAGCGGCCUCGAGAGGGUGUCAUGGGCCCACGCUGACGGGGCAGACCUGCUCACACUCACGUCUGAUGGUCACGUACAGUUCCUGCUCCCCAAAGAAGGCCGCGUGAAAGUGUUUCCAAACCAGGUCUCAAGGGGGAACUACUCCAUCAGGAUCGAUGAACUUCAGGACUCUGACCUGGGGUUUUACUGCUGCAUGCAGGGAGAUAAGUGUCAUCAGGUGGACUUGCGUGCCACAACAGACACAUCGAGUAAAGAGACAUUGCCUCUGAUCUACAUCUGUGUUGGUGUGGUAACGUUCUUCCUGUUGGUUGUCAGCAUUUACUUUCUCCACAAAAAGAGGACACAGAGCAAUGCCAUCUAUCUUGUAAACGAGGAAAUAGAGGAAGCAGACGCAGAAAACACAGUUUACGAGAACGAUGACCAGAACUUAGCCAUCCAGCAGGGGGAACCCUCCACAAAGCAUUGUGGUCCUGUGGCAAUGUCUUACUUAAACACAGCUCAGCCAGCUCAGAAGAUGGAGCGUCAGAGGACUAUACGUAGAUUCCAAAGAGAAAUCUUUGACACAUCAGGAAAACCACAUUUCUCUCAACAUUAUUAUGUUAACCAAGAUGAAAUCAACAAUCAACAAACCAUGUCAGCUGCGUCAGCGAAUCAUGAGAGAGGUUUCAGGAAGAAGAAAGCCAAAGAAAAUCAAGAAUACACCAACCCGAUAUACAACAGAGGCACAGACCAGCUCAACCUGUAGAGAGUUCAACCAGCUGCAAAGAUGUUUUCAGAAUCAGCAUUUCCUGUUACGAUUACGGUCCCUGAUUUCCUGUUUGCUUUUUCUCUUGUUAAGUUCUUCAAAUAAAGAUCUUCACACACCGACAAAAACUGUUCACAUGCUGAAUAAGACAAGCAUGUGCACAUUAGAUUGCAUUUACAAUAUUGAAGGUUAUAUGUAUAUAAAAGAAUACAUUCAGGCCUAUACACAGGUUAAGCCAGUAUGCUUUAAUUCAAUUCAAACAUUAAGACUUUGUUGAUGCCACAUCAGAGAAAUUAACACGUUACA